AUGGCAAAGCGAAGACAAAAGCAGAGAACGCAUGUCAAGAAGGAUGCGGAUGCUACUGCCGCCGGCCAAAAAAUCCCAAAGUCGAUGGUGAUCAGGACUGGUGCGAAUGAGAUCGGUGCCUCGCUCUCGCAGCUUGUCAGGGAUUUUAGGAGGGUUAUGGAGCCGCAUACUGCGUCACGGUUGAAGGAGAGAAAGGCGAACAGGCUGAAGGAUUUCGUGACGAUGGCGGGGCCGUUGGGGGUUACGCAUCUCAUGCUCUUCUCCCGAUCCGAGAACGGGGUUAACCUCCGUAUUGCGCGCACACCCCGAGGACCGACUCUUCAUUUCAAGGUCUCGUCGUAUUCUUUGGCACGGGAUAUCCAGAAGACACAGCGGAAUCCGAAGAGUCCGGGCGCGGAGUACCUCACCCCUCCACUUUUGGUGUUGAACAACUUCAAGGCAUCGGGUGGGAAGGAUGCGCCGUACGAGACGCUCUUGACCUCCACCUUCCAGAAUUUGUUCCCGCCGAUUAGCGCGCAACACACCUCCCUCGCCUCCAUCCGCCGUGUACUCCUAUUGCACCGUGACCCCAACGACCCUGAGGGCGCAAUCGAUUUGAGACAUUACGCCAUCACGACAAAGGCUGUGGGUGUCGGACGUGGUGUUAGGAAGUUGGUCAAUGGAGAUGGUGUCGCGGAUUUGGGACGGGUAAAGGAUAUCGCGGAUUAUGUCUUGCAACAGGAUGCUGGGUAUAAUUCUGAGAGUGAGGUUGAGGAUGAUGCGAAGGUUGAGGUUAAGCGCGAGGACGGAGGCGCGAGGAGGAGGGGGCAGGGGGAGGGAACCCAGCAACGCGCUAUCAAAUUGGUCGAACUCGGACCUAGGAUGAGGUUGCAUUUGACGAAGGUUGUGGAGGGUGUGUGUGACGGAAAGGUCCUCCACCACGCUCACAUCAAAAAGACAGCCGCCGAAGAACGCGAACAGGAACGGAAACACAAGGAGAAGAUCAAGCUUAAGGAAGCCCGCAGAAAGGAGCAGGCUGAUAAUGUUGCACGCAAGAAGGCGGAGAAGGACGCGAUGAAGGUGAAGAGAGACGAG